GCGUAUUAAUUUGUGAUUAAUCUAUGUACAAGGGAUUCAAGCGGCCAUACUGGGUCAACCCGUGAAUAUCCGAUCACCACUUGCCCUAAAUUACAUGCCACCCAAUAAUCAACGAUGUCUAAAUCUACUUAUACUUAUUAUCAUAUUCAUAAUAAAAUUAAUGCAAGUUGCAGUCCAUGCUUAUCUCUCUGUAAUAAAUUUGGCCGACUUCCCCAAACCCAAACCCUAUCUCGCAAUGUUAGAGGAAAAUGAUGGUGAGCAAGAGCAAGAGCCGCCGCCGCAAACCUACCUCCUGCAGUCGUUAAACUCAAGCAUAGUCAUCCGCCAGCUCACCUCCCAAGGCAUCUCCUUUCAGCUCUGGCCCGCCGCCGCCGCCCUCGUGGCCCUCCUCGAGCGCCAAACCCUCUCCUGCCUGCGCACCGCGGAGCAGCGCCGCCUCCGCGUCCUGGAACUGGGGUCCGGCACGGGACUGGUGGGGAUCGCGGCAGCCGCAUUGCUCGGAGCCAACGUCACGGUCACCGACCUCCCGCACGUGCUCCCGAACCUGCAGUUCAACGUGGACGCCAAUGCCGGGGUGGUGGCGGCCCGCGGCGGGCAGGUACAGGUGGCGGCGCUGUCCUGGGGUGACGUGGAGCAGAUGGAGGGUGUUGGCGGGGACUUUGAUGUGGUGUUGGGAUCCGACCUGGUGUAUCACGAUCAUCUCUACGAGCCGUUGCUGCAGACGCUGAGGGUUUUGUUGUUGGGUGAGACACAGAAACAGGUGGUGUUCGUGAUGGCGCAUUUGAAGAGGUGGAAGAAGGAAUCGGCCUUCUUCAAGAAGGCCAACAAGUUUUUUCAUGUUGAGAUUGUGCAUAGAGGCAACCCCCCUCAUGGCGAUAGACUUGGAGUCAAUGUCUACACAUUUGUAACGAGAAACAAACAAUAACCACUCUUGCUAUAAAAGGAUCGGAUUGUCAUUG